AUUGAUGUAAGAGGUACUAGUUUCCUUGUAUUUCUUCAUGAUAAAAUUAGCAUGACAAUUAGAAGAAUCAGAAUGUCUAAAUUAAAGACAGCCAUUCUGUACUUCAUUAUUUGUUUUACCUUCGUGUUCUUUUUCAUGACAACGGUACUAAAUAGACCACCAGUAAACAUUCUAAAAGUGAAAUCAGCAGCUAAGAAAAUAAACACGAAAAUGCACAGCAAUCGGUCAAAUUUGGAUUGUUCAUUGGAAUUACAAGCCAAAUUACGCAGUCUUCACUUGGGAGAUGUUGUUAACUCAGAGAAACUUAAUCGUAUAAUGUUAGAAAAUUCUCCAUAUUUCAUUACACAACAAACAUGCGAAGAUAUAUGUGAUAAACUACCAUUAAAUUCUGUAAAUAUGACUGGUAAAUAUCAACCUAUCGGCAAUCUAUCUAUAUCAACGACAAUGGAAACAAACAUACAUAAAGUUAUUAGCUUAAACAAACCGCAUAUCCCCGGUGGUGGUUGGACUUAUAAAGUAUCAGAUAAGUGCACAAGUAACACUGGUAAAGUUAAUCAGACUGGUGUAGGUAUAGUUAUAGCAUUUCGAGACAGAUGGAUCCAAUUAACGAGUGUAUUAUCAACACUUAUACCACUGUUACGCCGUCAAAGAUUGUGCUAUCGAAUAUUUGUUGUUGAACAAGCUGGUAAUAGUUUAUUCAAUCGUGGUAUGCUGUUCAAUGUCGGCUUUAUGGAGGGUAUAAAACGAUUUCAUUUUGAUUGUGUUAUAUUUCAUGAUGCUGAUUUGGCACCAAUCAAUGAUUUGAAUCCCUACGGCUGCGACAAACAGACAUUUAAACAAGCUGUUCAUCUGGGUGUUGGUUUGGACAUUCGAAAUUUUCGUUUAAACUAUCCGAAACUGAUUGGUGGUGUUUUAAAGAUUUCAAAUCAGCAUUUCGUUCAAGUGAAUGGUCAUUCAAAUUUAUACUGGGGAUGGGGUCAAGAGGACGAUGACUUAGAGAGACGAAUGAAAUAUGCAAAAGUUAGUUAUUAUCAAAUGUCUCCAAGUGUAGCACGUUAUAAAGCUUUACCACAUGAAUUACAACAGAAAAGUGGCAAUACUAAAAGAAUACACUUAAAACUUUUAGCUUCAGCUACUCAAAGAAUGCAUUAUGAUGGACUUUCAUCACUGAGUUAUAAAGUUCUGCAAGUAACUCAACACAAAUUAUUCACACAUUUAUUAGUGGAUUUAGGAAGCCAACCGAAAUUCUAUAAUUGUUAAGUGCAUAAAAUGUAACUUAGCUGAUUAUUUGCUGAAUAAAUCAUUUCCAUAUCGACUAAUAUGCUGACAAAGAAUUAAUAUGAGAUGCAGUAAAGCAAACAGGUCCAAAUACAUAUUGAAAUAGUUUAUGAAGAAUAACUUUCGCAGAUAUGAACAGUUUUGUUAACUCAACCUUCACAAAUAAUUACGUUUGAAUACUAUUAACUUUCACUCAGUUAAUUUACUCUUGGGUUAUGCUUUGCAUCCAGUAUGAGGACGUUUCAGGAUUUCGUCUAGUGUUCAAAUGUUUGGUUGAUAUGCAUUCACACAUAUAUCUUCAAUAUUCAUUUGAAAUUGAUGUAAAUAGAAACUUAUAUCUACUUGAGAUGUUGAAUCUUCUCUGAUAACCACGCCGUUAGUGAAAUGUGACCAAGUGCAUACAGUAAUGACUUUUCUUUGUCCUACUUACUAAAUAUAUUCUAAUUCAUAAUUUUUAUAAAGAAUACUUCUGAAAAUGCCUAUUGAACGGUGUUGACUUGGCACUUACUCAUGGAUUUGCAAUACCUUUUCUUUUCAUUAAAUUUGAAUUGUAUUGUAAAACACCUUCUUCAUGUCAUCCGAUUUGUAGAUAUAUGUCUGUAUAUUUGAUAUCUGAUGCACCGUCACUAUCAUUGUUUACUCAUCUAACUUAGAGUUAGAAAUUAUUUUAUACACUUAACCUCAGUGGUUUCACUAACCGAUCUCAAAUGGUGGCUCCCUUCCUCCAGUAUUGAAGUCGGCAACGCUAUGGCGCUUGAAGCAUAGGUUACUAGGUCUCUUCUGAUUUCUUCUUCUAGUCACCAAACUAAAUAAAAUCUCGUAAUUUCUACUUGUUUUUAGUUAUCACAAUGUUAUUUUGUGUAAUUUUAGUAGACAACUAGUAAGCUGUCAUAGUUUAUAAUGAAACGGAAAUGGCUGUGCCGGUAAAAUUUCA